AUGGGUGACUUCACGUUCAGCGCGCACACAACCACGCACCCGGACCGCCUGUGGAUUUGGCGGCAGGGUGUGUAUGUGGACGAGAACGACCGCACGUGGGUGCCCGUAAACGUCGAGAUGGAACGUCGGUUAAUCCUCAAAGUGCUCAUGCGCCAGGAAGACGUCCCCCGGGGGGAGGCCACGCGCCCCAGCCAGCUGCCCCCCAGCCUGCUGCCUCUCAUGUGGCAGCUCUACCCUGGCAGGCGGUAUCGAGCCUCAGACUCCAGUUUCUGGCGCAUAGUGUACCACAUUGAGGUUGGUGGCACUGAAGACCUGCUCCUUGAACAGAUGCCGGACCCGUAG